AGAAAAAACACUGUAUGUAACUAGAAAAUGUCCCAUUUUGGUGAGAAAAGAUGUCUUGAACUGUGAUGCCAAAAAAAAAAGUCUAGAACUGAAUCUGACAUCCUUAACAUAGUAACAUGUAUCACACAGCUCAGCUUCUUCUCCCCCACAAGAUCGGACCAAAUAUUCUCCUCCAUCACUUCUAUAUCUUCUUUGCCUUCCUCUCCUCUAAACAUAAACCCACCAAAAACAAAUAUUUUAACCUUUUCUUUUUUUUUUUCCUUAGCUCUUAGAAAAGUUUUUCUUCUUCUUUACUUUUUUGCCUUAAGCAAAAUUAUUAUUUGCUAUGGGUAAUGUGACGUCAAAUGUAGCUGCAAAAUUUGCUUUCUUUCCACCGUCACCGGCUACGUACGCCGUAAGUAAAGACGAGGAGACAGGAAAGCUCAUGUUCAGCGGAGUCACGCCGGGAAAAAGCAUGGACGUCCAUCAAAUUACCACUAAAUCGGGCAACAAAGUUGUGGGUACGUUUUGGAAACACCAAUUUGCAAGAUUCACUCUUAUUUAUUCCCAUGGCAAUGCUGCUGAUCUUGGCCAAAUGGUCGACCUCUUCAUCGAGCUCCGAGCUCAUCUCCGUAUCAACGUUAUGAGCUAUGACUAUUCAGGCUAUGGAGCUUCAUCAGGCAAGCCGUCUGAGGUCAAUACGUACCACGAUAUUGAGGCUGUAUACAAUUGCUUGAGGAGCGAGUACGGAAUCAAGCAAGAGGAGAUGAUAUUGUACGGUCAGUCCGUUGGAAGCGGACCAACGUUGUACUUAGCGUCUCGAUUGAAGAGACUAAGAGGGAUUGUUCUCCACAGCGCCAUUCUCUCUGGCAUUAGAGUUCUGUAUCCUGUCAAAAGGACAUUCUGGUUCGACAUCUACAAAAACGUUGAAAGGAUACGCCGUGUGACAUGCCCUGUUCUUGUCAUACAUGGAACAAAAGAUGAGGUUGUGAACAUGUCGCAUGGGAAGAGAUUGUGGGAGCUUUCAAAGGAUAAAUACGAUCCGUUAUGGGUUAAAGGAGGAGGGCAUUGCAACUUGGAAUCAUACCCUGAGUACAUAAAGCACCUGCGCAAGUUCAUAAACGCAAUGGAGAAACUCGCUAUAAUCAACCCGCCAAGCAAACAACCAGACGACGAGGAGCCAAGCGUUACCAAAACUAAGUACAACCAUUGCUUAAGAUUCAGGAAAAAAUAG